AUUUCCUGUGUGAUCCAUUGUUUUCCUUCUGGUUUUCUGUACGGAAAUGUCCGAUUAUAGCACGGCAAAGACAAGCAAACUGGUCCUGAAGGGCGAAAGUUCAAAAGGCACCAAACGAAAGCACAAGAAACACAAGAAGGAAAAGGACGCCAAACGGGCGCUGGUGGUCGAUACCGAUGCCGUCAAGCACGGCGGUUGGUGGAUGGUAAAAAAGACGACGGAAAUCACCGGCUCAAUCGCGCUACAGUUCGAUAAGCAGGCAUACAUCAAAGCCCUCGAUAAUGGGCUGUUCACGCUCGGGGCGCCACACAACGAGGGCGACCCGCCGGAUCCGGAAGAAAUCUUUAGUGCGGUGCUGAUCAACGAGGACAAGGUGGCGUUCAAGUCGGGCUACGGAAAGUAUCUGAAGGUGGAAAAGGACGGCAUGAUCACGGGACGCUCCGAUGCCGUGUCGGCGCUGGAACAGUUCGAACCGGUGUUCGAGCAGGGCAAGACGGCACUACUGGCCGCCAACGGGUGCUUCGUAUCGGUCGACCCGGAGGACGACGCGCUGGUGGCCAUCAAGAAGAAGGUUGGCAAUGAAGAAGUCUGCGUGAUUCGGAGCUGCAUCGAUCGGGAGAACAUAUCCAGCAAGGAAGUGCCGGUGGAAGAAUCGGGUGAGCUGGAUCAGGUCGAAAUUAAUUUUGUGAAAAAGUUUCAAAAGUUUCAAGACAAAAAGCUGCUCGUCAGCAAGGAGGACAAACUGGUGCUGAAAAAGGCCAAGGAUGACGGUACGCUGCACGAGGAGUUGCUGAAUCGCCGGAGCAAAAUGAAGGCCGAUCGGUACUGCAAGUAAAGCUAUCGAGUCAUCGGCAGACCUACAUAUUCAGAACAUAAAUAAGAAUCAGUCUAAAGGUGUAUUACUCGCUGCUAGUGUUGUUAUUUCACGAUAGAGUUUGCACUUUUAUUAUGCGUAUGUUGGUUGUUUUUCAUUUGUUUUGUUUUGUUUUUUCGAGCAUAGUUUUGGUUGCUUUUGGUUUCCUGACCCGCGGUCGGACGCGCAAAUCUUUCACCGUCUACCACAAGGGGCGCAAUGGAUAGAGUGAUAGUAUUGUGUUUUAAAUUUUGCCAUUAGAAAUAUGGUUACCAUAAUUUGGGAGACAAUAGCCAAAAAGGGUGUUGAGAUGUUGAUGCGUUGAGCGCCACCGAUCUGUCUCGGCCCACGGUCGCUUCGGUGUUACUCUGUAUACUCUAUUGUUUUUUGUUAGUUAGUGUUGCGUACAUAUUGAUUCCUACGUUCCAUGCCCUCCACACUACACACUAUACACGCCGGGCCCCCCGGAGAACCUUGCCCUCCGGGAGAGGCUGUAUCUGUGUUCCACCGUUGAUUAGAAUAGACUGCUUGCAAGACCCUUCGAGCAGAUGGGACCCGGCACGACAAAUAUCAUAAAUAGUUUACACAGGUUCGAGGAAGUUCCAGGCGUGGCCGCCACACUCCUCUCAUGGUGGGGGGCUCCCGGACCAUGUCCAUAGUCUCUGUUCUCGUCUAUCAUUAGCAAUUUCACUUAUUGUUCUCAAUCGUCUGUCUCACUCAGCUCUCUCGCGGUCGCAUUUUAAUAUGUCACGCAUUCGCACGCAAUGAGUACCCCUUACUAACGAGCCUUUAUGCUGGCCCCUUUCUUGUGCAUCGCUUGAAAUAGAAC